AUGACGGUGUUCGUAAGCUCCGGCACCGAAGUUGUCGCCGGAAAACAGAUUUUCCCAGUCGAUUACGAAGUUGAGGUUUCACAACGCCUAGUGGAUGCUUCGCACAACAACGACUUGAAAUCGGCGUACGCGUGUAUCGCCGACCCUUUCGUGGACGUGAACUUCAUGGGAACAGUGAGCUUGAAGGGGAGGAAGACUGAGAUCGUGUUACACGAGGAGUCGGCUCACGAGGUUCUUGUCGAGUACGAGGAGUUCAAGACCGAGGUCAACGCUCUCUUCCUCGCUGCUCACACCGGAAAUUUGGAACUUGUCAGGAUUCUACUGAGCAUUGGAGCAAAUGUGAACCAGAGAGUGUUCCGGGGCUAUGCAACCACAGCAGCAGUAAGGGAGGGUCAUAUGGAAAUCUUAGAGGUGCUUCUCAGUGCUGGUGCAUGUCAGCAGGCAUGCGAGGAGUCUUUGUUGGAGGCAAGCUACCUGGGGCUGGCCAUGCCAGUUGAGCUGCUUAUGAGGACCGACAUGGUCCGCCCACAAGUUGCUGUGCAUGCCCUUGUCUCUGCGUGCUGCAGAGGGUUUGUCAAUGUUGUUGAUGCACUCAUCCAGUGUGGAGUGGAUGCCAAUGCAACUAGCAGGGUGUUGCUUCAAUCUUCCAAGCCAUUUCUUCACUCCAAUUUUGACUGCAAUGCACUUGUUGCUGCCAUUGUUAGCCGGCAAAUCUCUGUUGUCAGAUUGCUAUUGAAGGUGGGCGUCAGAACAGACAUCAAGAUGAGAGUAGGUGCCUGGUUCUGGGAUAUGGAAACAGGAGAAGAAUUCCGGGUGGGUGCAGGACUAGCAGAGCCUUACCCUAUCACCUGGUGUGCUGUGGAGUAUUUUGAAGCAACCGGUGCAAUCUUGCAUAUGCUCCUCCAACAUCUCUCCCUUAACACCCCUCACUAUGGGAGGACUCUCAUCCACCAUGCCAUCCUCUGUAACACUGCAAAAGCAGUAGAUGUGCUGGGACAUUAUGGUACUGCAGAUGUAGAAUUUCUAGAGAAAGCUACUUCAAAAACCAAGUUACGCCCCAUUCAUUUGGCUGCACGCCUUGGAUUUUCCAAAAUUCUUCAAUGCUUGAUAAGUGCCGGCUGCAAUCUCAACUCUCGAACUGAAUCUGGAGAAACCGCGUUAAUGGUAUGUGCUAGAUUUAAGCACGAGGAGUGCCUGAAAAUUCUGGCCUCAGCCGGUGCUGAUUUUGGUUUGGUCAAUACAGCUAGCCAGUGUGCAAGCUCAAUCGCGCACUCAGCUCGGUGGACUCCUGGCUUCCAGCAAGCAGUUGUGGAUGUAAUUCUAGCUGAUAAGGUAGUUCAAUCAAGCAACGUGUCAAUGUUUUCUCCUCUAUUGUUUGUAGUUGAAGCCAACGAAAUUGAAGCUUUGAAGAAACUCAUCAAGCGGGCAGACGUUGAUCUAGAUGAACAGGAUGCAAAUGGCUUCUCAGCUGCCAUGAUAGCUGCAAAACGCGGCCGUGUAGAGGCAUUCCGGUUGCUUGUUUAUGCUGGGGCUGAUAUAGAACUGCAUAAUAAAUAUGGUGAGACAGCAAUUGAUCUAUUCAAAGCAAAGCAAAACAGUGAAACCUUUGAAAAGUUGAUGAUCGAAUAUGUAGUAGAAAGAGGAAAUGGCGGUUCUUUCUCUUCUGGGUUUUAUGCUCUGCAUCGUGCAGCUUUCCUCGGAGAUAUAAACUCUGUUCGUAAAUUGACCAUUAGGGGCUAUGAUGUUAAUGCCUUAGACGAUGAUGGAUAUACUCCAUUGAUGUUAUCUGCCAUGAGAGGCCAUAGUCAGCUGUGUGAGCUUUUGAUCUCCUGUGGAGCAAGAUGUGACGUUGAGAAUGAGAGACACGAGACUGCACUCAUGCUGGCAAGGAAAAAUGGUUGUCGAAACGGCGCAGCAGCAGAGCGCGUGAUAUUUGAUGAGAUUGCUCGAACGUUGGUGCUUGAUGGGGCUCGCGUAAAGAAGCACACAAAGGGCGGCAGAGGAGCUCCUCAUGUGAAAGUGGUGAGGAUGGUAGGGAAUGUUGGGGUUUUGCAGUGGGGGAAAUCGAGCAAGAGAAAUGUGAUUUGUCAGUGGGCUGAGGUUGGCUCUAGUGCAGCAUUCCGAUGGAAUCGCAGGAGGAAGUUUGAUGCUGAUGAACCAGGAAUGUUUCAUGUGGUGACUACCAAAAAUAAGGUGCUGCAUUUUGUAUGUGAUGGUGGGGUUGAGAUGGCCGAGUUGUGGGUGAGGGGAAUGGAACUUGUGACGCGGGAAGCCGUUUUUGGAAAGCAAAAGAGUAGCUUGUAA